GCCGCACACUGCUGCACACUGCCCGGGGAAGCGGGACUCUGCAGCGAGCACAAAGACAAGAGAGGGAGGUAGCCUGUCCUCAGAGCAACACUGGGCUUUGACUCCACUAGUUAAAGUGUAACCCGCCCGCCUGGCACUGCUGGUGCUGCAGAAGAAGUGCCCACCACUUUGCGAGAAGUCCCGAAAAGGACAUUGGAUUCCUAUUGGACUCACUUUCAGGCGUUAAUUGGCGUCAAUUCACCUGGACAGGGACGCACGGUGUCCAGGUGUCCGGAGAGUGGACACAGCUGACGGCCGGGUUUCCUCCUCUCCACCCUGCUCUUCUCCACCCGGCUCCUCUUCCGCUCUCCUCUGACAGAUGGUGUGAAAUCGCGGAAAGCAGAGUCGGACUACCCCCUCCCUCGCCACCAGAAGGGAGGCGCGCCACCACUUUGGAACUGAACUCCGACCGCCUGCCCAGCGCUGCGCUCCGGCCGGCCACAGCAGAGCAGGAUCCGCUACCCAUUGGAGGGACAUCCACCGCACAGGGGUCAGUCCGAGGGCCACAUCUGGGACAGAGCCGAGGUCAGCUCUGGGCAGCCAGCAGCAGGAGGAGACGCCACCCUUCCAGCGCCGCUCUCUGGGCGAUGCCAGAGUAAAUGCCAGGGCGAUGUCCCGACGAAAGCAGGGUAACCCGCAGCACCUGUCUCAGAGAGAAAUAACACCGGAGGUUGAGCUCCCAGAUGGCGGACUGCUCUCCGACUCUCUUUCCUUCCACCCCCUCCACCCCCUCCGCCUGCCCUCUCACCCGCUUGGCCUACCUCCCCACCCGUUGGACUCCAGUUUGGCCCCCGCCCUGCCCCCCGGCCUCCACGCCGACCACGACCUGCUGACCUGCGGCCAGUGCCAGGUGACCUUCCCCCUGGGGGACAUCCUCCUCUUUAUCGAGCACAAGAAGAAGCAAUGCCAGACGCCGCUGCUACUCAACGGCUGCUACGAGAAGAUGAGCGACCGGGGGGGCGGAGGGGGGAGUCCGUCUCUGCAGAGCCUCCAUCAGCACGCCCAGCGGGGGGGGCUGAGGAAGGUGCUGCAGCCGGUGGAGGUUGGCAUCCAGGUGACCCCAGAGGAGGAGGAGGUUGGAAGAGGCGAGAGGCGAGAGAGGACGCCCAUCAAAGGAAUUUUCCCCAAGCAGGAGCACACCCCCACAGAUGACCCCUGCCUCACCCGCUGGCCUCACCUGGGCAAGUUUAGGUCAAAACUGUCAGACGGGCACCAAGGUAGGGUAAAAGUUCACGACAAGCUGUGCAGCCGCAUUGGGAGCCUCGUGUGA